AUGGACCGUUUGAUCACGCGAGAGAGGCGGCACGGCGGCGUGAUUAAAAUAGACAAGGAACAAAGAGCGGGAAAAAGAAUCGGCGCGGGAAAACAAUGGAGUCCGCGGGCGCCCGCCGCCUCAAUCUGUCACGCGCGCUGUCAGCUGUCAGGCGGCCUGUCAACUGUCACGUGGCAGACACCCCCCACCGCUGGCAUCCGCUGCGCCAUCCGCACCCACGUGGGGCAC